AAAAUGCAAAUUGCAAAUCUAAACUUAUUUUAUCCAACAAUUUCUAAAGAAAUAAUGGAUUCAAAAUUAAAAAUUGAAAUUGAUACAUUCGAUACUAGUUCAAGAAAUAACAAUACUUCAAAUCAACCCGAAGUAAUUGUGAUAUCCGAUACAGACGAUGAGCUGCUAUUUAUUGGAUGUCAAAAAUAUCAAUUUGGUCAGAAAGGCCAUCGUUAUAUUGCAAUUAGCCAGCGUGUUAAUUUAGAAUAUCUUGAACAAUUAUUUCAAAGCUAUACUUAUUGUUCUGACGGAAUUAGUAAAAAGGAUUAUAAUAAUAAGCUUACUGAUGAAUGCUUUACAGUUUUUCCUAAUUCAUCUACAACAAAGUAUUGUCGUGAGUAUUAA